AUGCGAGAAAAUACGGACGGUUCCGAAGCGGCACAAGUCCCACUGUCCGGAGACAACACCGACGGCAACGCUGACGGUAACACCGACACUGUUGCGGCCACAGCCUCAGCGGAAGGCAACAGCUUUGGGCCUCGAGAUGGCAGCGAAGAAAGGUCGCAAGGCCGCUUGCAGCAGGCAUUGGGCCGCGCUGCGGCUCCCUUGGCAGGUGCAGCCAGUGGCGCGCUUGGCGGAGCGCUUGGCGUAGCAGCGGUUGCCAGUGGUGGGGCCCUGGGUGCUCUUGCUGCUGUGGCCUUGGCCGGAACCUUGGUGUCCACCGCUGUCAAGGCGCAGGCAGCACAAGACCAACAGCUGCCGACUGAGCAGUCGCAGAUUGAGACUCAGAGUCAAGAACUCGUUGGCACUGAAGAUCUUGCAGAAUCUUCAGAAUCGCGACAGUCGCGACACGCAGAAAACCAUCCAGAUGACAAUGGGGGCCCGCUACCACCUCCGGAGGAAUGUCGAGACAGGCUGUUGCUGACCUUCUGGAGGUUGCAGAGCCUGAAGCCCAGGACGGUGACGCUGAGUACGCCCAGCUUCUACUGGCUGGCUCCGAGCUGGUGGGGAGC